UUUGCUGGAGGAAAUGGUCCAGGAACAAGCCCUGGAAGAAGUGUGCUACCUGUUGCACGAUCAUCACCACAACAUUCCUUAUCUAAUCCCUUACCUCGGCGAAUGGAGCAGCCGCUUUAUGGGGUAGACAGCAAUGCAGCCAAGGAAGUGUCAGAGGAGCAUACUGCUCUCCCAACACUGGUAUCGGUGAUGAUAGCAAAACAGCGGCUAGAGGGCGAGCAGCUGGUCCAGAGGGGUACAAGCCUCUGUUUUCCAUUUGCUUCGGCCCCGCAAGUCAGUCCUUCAUCAGCAGUUUCAGGGAACACAGAGCAUUCCUGCACCUCUCAAAAACAGAUUUCCAUCCAGCACAAACAGACACAGUCUGAUCUUACAAUGGAGAAAUUAUCUGCACUAGAAAACAGUAAGAACUCUGAUCUGGAGAAAAAAGAAGGCAGAAUAGAUGAUUUAUUAAGGGCAAACUGUGACUUAAGACGACAGGUAGAUGAACAACAGAAAGUGCUUGAGAAGUACAAAGAACGGUUAAAUAGGUGUGCAACAAUGAGCAAGAAGCUACUUAUAGAAAAGUCAAAACAGGAAAAGAUGGCUUGCCGAGAUAAGAGUAUGCAGGAUCGGUUGCGAUUAGGUCACUUUGCUACAGUCCGGCAUGGGGCCUCUUACACAGAACAAUGGACAGAUGGCUAUGCUUUCCAGAACCUAAUCAAGCAACAGGAAAGGAUAAAUUCCCAAAGGGAAGAAAUAGAAAGGCAACGAAAAAUGUUAGCAAAACGAAAGCCACCUGCCAUGGGCCAGGCUCCUCCAACCACCACUGAGCAAAAGCAACGCAAAAACAAGACCAACGGAGCAGAAAAUGAGAUGUUAACAUUAGCAGAAUAUCAUGAACAAGAGGAAAUAUUCAAACUCCGACUAGGUCAUCUUAAAAAGGAAGAAGCAGAGAUUCAAGCAGAACUAGAGCGAUUAGAACGGGUUAGAAAUCUGCAUAUCAGGGAAUUGAAAAGGAUACAUAAUGAAGAUAAUUCACAGUUUAAAGACCAUCCAACACUAAAUGAUAGGUAUUUGUUGUUACAUCUCCUAGGCAGAGGAGGUUUUAGUGAAGUAUAUAAGGCAUUUGACUUAACAGAACAGAGGUAUGUAGCAGUAAAAAUUCACCAGUUAAAUAAAAACUGGAGGGAUGAAAAGAAAGAAAAUUACCACAAGUGAGUAUUUCUGAGUAUUUGAUUGCAGGGU